AUUAAGUAAAAUAAAUAUUUAUCAUUUUCAUCCACAAAUUACCCCUAAGGCAAAAGAUAAAAUAUAAAAGCAAAAGUAAAAGGUAAAAAAGAGAGUAAAUUUAUAACCCUAGUUCAGUUCACCUUUCCCUUGCUCCGCCGCCGCCAUCCUCCUUUCUGUGCCAAUCUGCUCCCAACGUCUUUUCUCCUUUUUCAGCUCAAAUAAUUAUCCGAUUGUUCUUCUCCGUGUCUCUAUACAAGUAAAUUUGUUCGAAUCUUACUCCACGAGUAUCAGAUUUGAUUUUUAUUAUUAUAUGCUCCUAAUCCAUCCAAAAAUGAAGUCAGAUCUCUUCAAACUACCGUCAGAAAUCAUCACCAAUAUCCUUUUAAGACUCUCUGUUCGAAGCAUUGCAGUAAGCAAGUGCGUUUGCAAAGCAUUGCUCCAUUUGCUCGACACCCACGAUUUCGCCAAGUUGCAUUUUUCCAAAUCCGUCCCCGCCCUAGCUAUCACGAUGCGGACGAAAGGUUCAUAUUGCCUCAAAAUUUCGGAAUUGGAAGAAGACGAAAUCGAUCCCGAGAGCCACGAUCUACUCACCAAGAUUAAUUUCUCUCCCGAUGCAACUUUAGGAGGUUCUGCUAAUGGCUUGCUUUUCCUAUUGGAUUACCGUAAUAGUUGUGUUUCUAUAUGCAAUCCGAUCACUCGUGAAUUUUACUUUAUCCGCUCUCGACAACUAUCGAGUCAUGGAUUUGGAGUGAGCAGAAUAAGUGGGCAACAUAAGUUAGUAUGUAUUGAUCCUUUGGGUGAUCGUGGAUUCAGUUGUUAUGUAUACACCCUUGGAACAGGAUCGUGGAGACGCGUUGAAGCUAACGACUCGUUUGGUUAGACUCCUAAAAUCGUUGCUACAUUUCUUAACGGAAAUCUGCAUUGGAUGGUAUGGUCAGAUCCAUACCCCAUGGAGCAGAUUUUUUGUUUUGAUUUGGAAACAGAGUGUUUUAGCAGACUUAACGUUCCUCCUCUUCGAAGAAGCAUAAUGAGCAGGCUCUUGUUUACUUUGAGGGAUUGCCUAUGUUUUUGCGAUGACGAUGAGGAUGAGGGUGAUGGCACUGGCAGGGUUGUUAUAUGGAUGAUGAAGGAAUAUGGGGUCGAGAAAUCUUGGACAAAAGAAUACGUGGUCACCCCAAAUCUUGCUUAUCUUGAUAAUUGUGGUCACGGUUUAGAUAAGUUCCCAUUCCAACUGCUUCAACCUAUCAAAGUUUUCAAAAAUGGUGAUUUAUUGAUGCUUUGUGGUGGCAAGAUGUUUAUGUACCACUCCAAGCACACCAAAACUACUCGAGAAAUUGGUGGUUUCGUUGGCCAAGGGGAGGAGUUUGACCAUCUACACUCGCUGCUUCUCACCCCAAGCUUGGUUUCACUCAAGAGUUUUGCUGGUAUGGAGAAUGAGAAUGUUAUCUCAUUUUGAUUGUUUGUAUUUUAUUAUCUAGUAUAACUCUCUACUCCCACUAUGUCGAGUUAGUGCCUUCCUUUCACUCAAGAUGAAAGUUUGGGUAUGGAGAAUGUAAUCUCCCAUUUUGAUUACUUGUAUUUCUAAAUGCUAAAUGCCAAUCUAUAUAUGUAAGUUUAUUUUUGCA